GCUAUAAUGGCCAAUAUGGCUGCACCCAGCAAUUCUGACAAGUAGACCCGGAGACAGCUGAGAAUUGCGGUAGGAAAGAAUUACCGUCGCGCCGCUCGGGAACUAGCCCGGGCUCUGGCCUCUGCGUCCGUGUCCGGCCUCCGAGCGCGUUCUGCCACAGGCAGGUAUCUCUUUGCCAUUAGUUCCUGAUCAGGGCCAGCAGCAAGAUGAACUGCAUACGGAGGACCAUACUAACCUGGGAUCACUCUGUGGGACACCACUUCCUUUCCAGAGUUGCUCCAAGGCACAGCCCUUGGCAGCCUGAAGGAAACUGCCUUUUACAGGGCUUCUCCCAGCCCCAAAUGGGCUUCCACAACAAUGCAAGGAGACUAACCUCAGAUUCUGAGCCAGUCCCUAUGGUGAGGCCCCCUGCAGUGUCUACAAAAGCCUUGGAGCCAUAUGAGGACUUCUUUGAGCAAGCUACUGGCGGACAGCGAGAUAAAACAGGGUUUUCAAGAGCAGUCAAGGCCUUUGCCCAACGGGAUGUACGAAAGCGGGGCCAUGUUGACUUCAUCUACUUGGCUCUGCGAAAGAUGCCAGAGUACGGGGUGGAGCGUGACCUGGCUAUCUAUAACCUCCUGCUGGACAUCUUCCCCAAGGAGGUCUUUGUGCCUCGAAACGUACUGCAGCAAAUCUUCAACCAUUACCCCCGUCAGCAGGAGUGUGGCGUGAAAGUGUUAGAUCAGAUGGAAAACUAUGGGGUCAUGCCAAACAAAGAAACCGAGUUUCUGCUGCUACAAAUUUUUGGACGAAAAAGUCACCCUAUGCUCAAAUAUCUUCGCCUGACAUAUUGGUUCCCCCGAUUCAAGAACAUCAAUCCCUUCCCGGUGCCGAAACCACUUCCCAAAGACCCUGUUGAUCUGGCCCGGCAUGGUUUGGAGCGUAUUGCAGCUGACUUGAGUGCCAGAGUCACUGUGUACCAGAUGCCUGGGCCAGAAGAUCUUGGAGCUGAUUCAUCACAGCCUCACAUUGUGGGGAUCCAGAGUCCUGACCAGCAGGCUGCUUUGACUCAGCACAACCCUGCUAGGCCUGUUUUUGUUGAAGGACCCUUCCCAUUGUGGCUUCAAGACCAGUGUCUUUAUUACCAUGUGCUUCGGGCUGACCUGCUGCCUCCUGAGGAGAGACAGGAAAACAAGGAGAUCGAGCCAGAGAGUAACUUCUAUUAUCCCAUGCAGCUGGACUUGGAUUUGGAUCGAGGACCCUGGGACGACUAUGAGUUUGAUGUGGAUGAAGUGGAGGAAGGCCCGGUAUUUGCCAUGUGUAUGGCUGGAGCCCACGAUCAGGCCACACUGGCCAAGUGGAUCCAGGGCUUGCAGAUCACCAACCCAGCACUGGCACGAAUCCCAGUGGUCUUCCGCCUGGGAGCAGUGGGAGCAGAACUCCAGCUUGCCGGGCAUCAGGAGCGCCAAGACCAGCACAGCCACGAGCAAGGGGAGCCGCUGUCUCCAAAGGAGGAGGAAGAGCCCUCCCAAGCCCCAGCCGGUCGGCGAGGUCAGAGCGGAGCCUUUGCCUGAAGGUCGGAGACUGGUUACCAGUUCCUUGUUCGCCUGCAGGUGUAGUCCUGGCUUAUUGGACAAGCUGAGACUGGGCUGGACGCUUCGGACCUUGGGGGAGAAUGGAGCUGUGGCAGAGCUGCCCCCUCCCCUUCUCUCCCCCAGUAGUGUGUCGAAAUUAACUCUGCUUAGCAGUUUGCCUCUGAGUAGCCAGCAAAUAAAAAGUGUCAUCCUUGGGGA